ACAUAAUGUUGUUUUAGCAGAUAGAACUUUAAUAAGUUUUCUCCUCAUUGCAAGAGUGCUCUCUUGGUCUGGCUUACGGCGGCGAGCAUGCGUGGAAUCCGUGCUCCGGCUGAUUCCCAUGACAAGAGUUGCCGCCGAUGCUUUCGGCGUGGCAACCAUUGCUCUCGUCGCACUAGCUUCCAUUCUCGGACUGCUAUGCAUCUAUCGCUGCAUCUACUUCCAACUUCAGAUUCAAAGACGAGGAUUCUCCCAUCUCGGAUACUUUAACGGUCCCUGGAUCAUCCGUGUCGUCCUCAUCAUUAUUUCAAUCUGGUGGGGCUUCGGCGAGAUCGUUCGAUUGAGCCUCCUCAGAGAUACUGGAAGGCCUCUCUCCACCACGGCAUGGUGCAAGUUCUAUGUUCUAUCAAACCUCGGAUUCGCUGAACCCGUCAUCUUCCUCAUGCUCGGUUUCUUACUCCAUGCUGCGCUACGAAAACGAGACUCUGACUCACUUACUCAGACAUGGAAUUGGAAGACAUUCGUCUCCGUCCUCCUCCUUUCCCUUCCCCUAUUAUUGUUUCAACUCCUCGUUUUAAUAGGACCUCAUAGGAUGAGGAAGAAGAAGGUGAAGUUCUUCAUGACUUCAUCAUUCCCUCCAUUGACUGAUACAACCAUUUGCACUUACCCCUUACUUAGCACUGUAAUUUUGGGAUUAUUCGAUAUUUUCGUGAUUGCUUAUGUUGUUUACAUCGGAGCUCGAAUGCUAUGUUUAGUGAUCAACAAAGGGCUGCGACUCAGAGUCUAUUUUCUCGCUCUGUCGGUCAUCUUCUUCCUCCCACUCCGAGUUCUGUUACUCGGACUCUCGGCUCUGCCUCAUGCUGGAAAUAUUUGUUAUGAGGUGCUCGUAUUCGCCGCCUUUCUCAUGCUCUUAUCAUGCAACAUGACGGGCAUCUGCAUGCUCGUGUAUCUCCCCGUUGCUGAUUCGUUAGCGCUGCGAAAAAUCAACGAACAUGACACCGAGAUUGAGGAGAUUCCUUGUAAUGAUUAUUACUGCGAAGGAGCCUCGCUGAUCCAGAACGAAAACCAUCAGGAUUCGACAAAGCGAGGUUCAAUAUCAUUUUGCGCCAUUAUCAAGGAUGAUUCUCCUCACUUCCUCCAUGGUGUUGAGGAAAGAAGGUCCAUUUCUUUUACACCCCUUAAUAUUGUUUCUUCUGCACAAUCUCCUCCUUAUGGGGAAUAAAAAGAUUCUGCAUUUCUGUCUUUAGUUUAGUGGGCAUCAGAUUUUGGGUGAAAGGUUGUAAAAGUAAAGGGUUGUGGUGAAAUUUUAUACUGUUUAUAUAAGUAGAGGUUGGUCAUGAAAUGUACUAAUUUUUUUUUGGGAAAGGAAUUGUUUUGAGAUGAGUGUAAUAUAUGAGAAAUUGAUUUAAAUUUUUAUGAGAUUUUUCAUUUGAUUUGUCAGAA